CUCUCUGUGGAGAAGCUCCUCACUCCUGUCAGAGAUCGUCAUCCAGCUUGUCACCAUGAGCAGACUGCAGACGCUGAAUGAGAUGUCUCAUCUGGAGCGGUGUCGCUUCGGCCGUCCUUCUCCACGACACGGACUCAAGCUGCUCUUCUGGUUCGCUAAAGACUGUAUCUCAUUUGAUUUCAACAAUGAAAUGCUCUCCGAGUGCGAUCCAGAUGAUGGAGAGUUCGGGUUCCACCUGUUUGAGAACCGAUAUGAGAGAACUGGAGAUAAACUUCUACCUGAUGUGGAUCUGCCAUACUACGUGGUGGGGAAUCUGAACAAACCCCGAUCGUACGAGCUGCCCCAUUAUGUCCGAGAGGAGUACACUGGUCUGUAUGACAACAGCAACACGGACCGCAUCAUAGUCAGCAUGGAUAAUGAGUGGUUUGAUAAAGUUUAUGUGACUGAACAUAAUGAUCGCUCCAACUACAACUCAGACGUCACGUACCGCAUCAGCAAAGGCCUCCUGAAGCUCAUCCAGGGUCUGAGUUUAAACGACUUCCUCUGGAGAACUGGGUUUUCAAGGAAACCUGAGUACACUGUCCAAAUGCCUGUGAUCAUCACAGGUCUGAACAUUUCUAUCCCUCAACCCAAACACACGCCUCCUGUCAAUCAAAGGACCACCGCUUUAAUGCCAGCAGUCAGUUCUCCGAGGAACUGGGACACCUGCAUCGAGAUCAUACCAGAGAACGACUCGCAGAACGAAUCAGAUUUGGUCUUUUUGAACAGACCUAAAAGGAAGAGAUGUUGUGAAUGUACCAUCCUUUAGAAUCACUUGCAGGAUGAAAGGAGAUUAUAUUGUUAAACUAAACAAGGCUCAUUGGGAAAAUACAGGGUGUUUCAAAAAAUUUGACAUAAUUUCACAAUCUAAUAAAUUUGCCAAUUCUUGUUCAAUUGACUUCAAAUUUUAACAGCAUGUGUGGAAACAGGUCAAAAUUUUAUGUUCAAUGUUUUUUUGUUUUUAUCUUUUUAGGUAUAGAAAUGCCAUU